GCAUCUACCUUCUGCCUUCUCCCCAUCCUUUACAAAAGAAUAAAUGGGAUGUUUCAGAAGAGAGCUGUAUUAAAAGAAGAGUGUUGCAAAUGGCUUCAGAAGCUGUGAAUGCAAAACAGGCUAGGAAUCGCUUCACAAAGGGGAAAAGACAACAGCAAAUAAAGAACAGAUCUUCACUUGGUGAUGGUGAUGGAGAAGACUCCUUUCUCUUCGAAGCAAAUGAAGCUUGGAAAGAUUUUCAUGGUUCUCUUCUUCAGUUUUAUGAAAAUGGAGAACUCUGUGAUGUCACACUGAAGGUUGGCUCAAAGCUAAUCUCCUGUCACAAACUGGCAUUGGCUUGUGUUAUUCCCUACUUCAAAGCCAUGUUUCUCUCUGAAAUGGCUGAAGCCAAGCAAACGCUGAUUGAAAUAAGAGAUUUCGAUGGUGAUGCAAUAGAAGACUUGGUAAAGUUUGUCUAUUCUUCACGGCUCACUUUGACGGUGGACAAUGUCCAGCCUCUCUUAUAUGCAGCCUGUAUUCUACAGGUGGAACUGGUGGCUAGAGCUUGUUGUGAAUACAUGAAGUUACAUUUUCAUCCCUCCAACUGUCUGGCGGUAAGAGCCUUUGCAGAAAGUCACAAUCGAAUAGACCUAAUGGACAUGGCGGAUCAGUAUGCCUGUGAGCAUUUUACUGAAGUGGUGGAGUGCGAAGACUUCGUCAGUGUGUCACCUCAGCAUCUCCAUAAGCUUUUGUCCUCCAGCGACCUAAACAUUGAGAAUGAAAAGCAGGUCUACAGUGCUGCCAUCAAGUGGCUUCUUGCCAAUCCUCAGCAUCAUCCCCAGUGGUUGGAUGAAACACUUGCACAGGUUCGUUUGCCGCUGUUGCCAGUUGACUUUCUCAUGGGUGUUGUGGCAAAAGAACAGAUUGUCAAACAAAAUCUAAAAUGUAGAGAUUUAUUAGAUGAAGCAAGAAAUUACCACCUUCACUUGAGUAGCAGAGCAGUACCUGACUUCGAAUACUCUAUUCGGACUACCCCAAGGAAGCAUACUGCUGGAGUGCUAUUUUGUGUAGGUGGUCGAGGUGGAUCAGGUGACCCCUUCCGCAGUAUUGAAUGCUAUUCUAUCAACAAAAACAGUUGGUUCUUUGGACCAGAAAUGAACAGUCGAAGGCGACAUGUGGGUGUAAUCUCAGUGGAAGGUAAAGUGUAUGCAGUGGGUGGACAUGAUGGCAAUGAACAUUUAGGUAGCAUGGAGAUGUUUGAUCCUCUCACUAAUAAAUGGAUGAUGAAGGCAUCAAUGAACACAAAGAGGCGAGGAAUUGCCCUGGCUUCCUUGGGAGGCCCAAUUUAUGCCAUUGGAGGGUUAGAUGACAACACUUGCUUCAACGAUGUGGAGAGAUAUGACAUAGAAUCUGAUCAGUGGAGUACAGUGGCACCAAUGAAUACUCCCCGUGGAGGCGUUGGCUCUGUGGCUCUCGUGAACCAUGUUUAUGCAGUAGGUGGCAAUGAUGGAGUAGCUUCUCUGUCUAGUGUGGAGAGGUAUGAUCCACAUCUCGAUAAGUGGAUAGAAGUUAAAGAGAUGGGUCAGCGAAGAGCAGGCAAUGGAGUUAGUGAGCUCCAUGGUUGCUUAUACGUUGUUGGUGGUUUUGAUGAUAAUUCUCCUCUGAGUUCUGUUGAGCGGUAUGACCCUCGAAGCAACAAAUGGGAUUAUGUAGCAGCCCUUACCACUCCCAGAGGUGGAGUGGGGAUCGCAACAGUGAUGGGCAAAAUCUUUGCAGUUGGUGGUCAUAAUGGCAAUGCAUAUCUAAAUACAGUGGAAGCAUUUGAUCCAGUGCUGAAUAGGUGGGAACUUGUUGGAUCUGUGUCUCACUGCAGAGCUGGAGCAGGUGUAGCUGUGUGUGCCUGUUUAACUAGCCAAAUCCGAGAUGUAGGUCAUGGAUCCAGCAAUGUGGUUGACUGUAUGUGACUUGAGUUCCAGUCACCAACAGUUUAGUCAUAUCUGAUAGGCAAGAAAGACAAGCAGGAUUUUGUAAUGGCCACCUUCGAGCAGUUUUAACUAUUACUAGAGUGUCAUGUAAAUGUAAACUGUUGUAUGUGACUGAGUGCAACUUUUGGAAUAGUAGCCGAAGAAUUACUAGUAAUAAAGUUGAUAUUUCCCACUUUAACAAAUAAUGAAGUAGGGAAAGAAGACAGUCUAAGCUGAAACCUCCUCCUCCAAAAAAAAAAAAAAAAGGUUUAACAGAGUGGAGUGCCAGAACCUUGAAAUUAACUUUUUUUUUUAAGUGUGGAUGAAUGAACAUGCAGAAUGAAGUCGCUUGCUGAGCUUUACCUUUUGCCUAAAGGCAUUAACCUUAGGCAUCGGAUUUUUCCUCUGGGGAGAUUAGAACCUGUUCAUCAACACAGAGGUACCAGGACUCCUAACAGACCUGCUCCAUUUGAAGAUCAUUUCUCCUUGGUGCUGAUGAAUUUAUGCCUUGCUUUUUUCUAGGUGUUGACUUGUCAAUUCCUUGGAUAUUUACAGAAGUAGGAAAAAUGUUUCAUCUUUCUGAGUGUCAGCCUAUAGGAUUAUAGGCUUCAUUUCAGUUUGACUUGUUAGGACACCAAAAGAUCUAAAUGAACGAUUCCAUCUGAAUGAAUCUACACUUAUUUUUCCAUGUGAAAGGGGUUUUGUUUCAUAGUAAUAAAAAACGGAACCAGAUGAGAUUAGAGGAGAAGGCUUUAGAGUCAGCAUUAUUCUAGUGCCCAUUUGAGAGACCUUGAAUGGGAGUAGUGUCCAUUACAUGACUCCCUAAUGAGGCAACUCCAAAAAUAUGUUUAACACUCUUUGAUUUAAUUAUUUCAUUCUGAAUGAGAUUUAUUAUCUUUCUAUUUUGCUGUCUGCCACCAUCAUAGUUUUGCUAACUGUA